AUGCCCCCGGCAGACCCCAACAUUUCUCAAUCUGACCGGCUAUGUCCAUCACUGAACGCCUUGUCGUAUGUUAGUGGUGUCUGCAUCGCCCUGAUGCGCCUGGCAGAAGUAUUGGCGACCGGCGUGUCGCCAUACAAUGGCUUGAAUUUUCCCAUCAUCGGCUCGCACACGAGUGUCCACAUUGCAGCGGAAAUCAACGGCCCAGUCGAGGGCUGGGUUAUGAAGACGUAA